CGUACCGCCUGAGUCAUUCGGCCCCGCCUGCGGGGCGGUGGGCCUCCUGUCAGUGCCCAUACCAGCCAUGGUCCUGGUCUGUAAUUUGUAAGUUGGCAACCAAGGCUCCCGAGGUGACUGUGGUCCUGAUGGCUGCGGCGGCGGCCCUGGCAGCGGCCGAUCCUGCUCCCGCCAUGCCGCAGGCGGCAGGGUCCGGCGGGCCCACCACCCGCCGCGACUUCUAUUGGCUGCGCUCCUUCUUGGCCGGAGGUAUUGCUGGAUGCUGUGCCAAAACAACAGUUGCUCCUUUGGAUCGAGUAAAAGUUUUAUUACAAGCUCACAAUCACCAUUACAAGCAUUUAGGAGUAUUUUCUGCAUUGCGUGCUGUUCCCCGAAAGGAAGGAUACCUUGGAUUGUAUAAAGGAAAUGGUGCAAUGAUGAUUCGAAUCUUUCCCUAUGGUGCAAUCCAGUUUAUGGCAUUUGAGCAUUAUAAAACGUUAAUUACCACAAAGCUGGGAGUUUCUGGUCAUGUGCACAGAUUAAUGGCUGGAUCCAUGGCAGGUAUGACAGCAGUUAUCUGUACUUACCCUCUUGACAUGGUUCGAGUACGCCUAGCAUUCCAGGUGAAAGGGGAACACACCUAUACAGGAAUCAUUCAUGCAUUCAAAACAAUUUAUGCAAAGGAAGGUGGUUUCCUUGGAUUUUACAGAGGACUGAUGCCCACUAUAUUAGGAAUGGCUCCAUAUGCAGGUGUUUCAUUUUUUACUUUUGGUACCUUAAAGAGUGUUGGGCUUUCCCAUGCUCCUACCCUUCUUGGCAGACCUUCAUCAGACAAUCCUAAUGUCUUAGUUUUGAAAACUCACAUUAACUUACUUUGUGGUGGUGUUGCUGGAGCAAUAGCACAGACAAUAUCAUACCCAUUUGGUACUCGUCGAAGAAUGCAACUAGGAACAGUUCUGCCAGAAUUUGAAAGUGCCUUACCAUGCGGGAGACUAUGAAGUAUGUCUAUGGACACCAUGGAAUUCGAAAAGGAUUAUAUCGUGGUUUAUCUCUUAAUUACAUUCGGUGUAUUCCCUCUCAAGCAGUGGCUUUUACAACGUAUGAACUUAUGAAGCAGUUUUUUCACCUCAACUAAAAUAAUUUGCGGUUUGUGGUUUCUUUUCCUUAAUAAACUCUCAGAGGGAAAAAUAAAAAUGAAGUGUUACUUUAAAUUGUGAAACAAACAUUACUUGAAGGGAGAUAUUUAUUUACCCUGUCACAGGAACCACUGGCAUUACUACUUGAUUUUUUUUAAAUUCACAAAUCAAAAGUGCUUUUAGAUGCCAACGUCCUUUCUGAUGCCAAACAUUAUACCUUUGAAUGCUGAAAAAAAAUUCCUAAGCUGAUGAUGGCUAAUCAUAAUCAGGUUACUUGAGACCUAUUUUAAGUGUUAUUUGAAAGCAAAACUAACUUAAAAUGGAGUUUAAGAGGUUGCCUUUAGAUUUAUCAUAGGUUCAAAAUUUCUUUUUCUUUUUCUUCUUCUUUGCAGUGCUGGCAUCAAAUCCACCACCUCACACAAGGCUGUUAAAGCCUUUAACUGUAAUCAUGAUUUAUUUUUUAUUUUUUGGUGCUGGGGAUUGAACCCAGGGCCUUGCACAUGCUGGGCAUGCACUUGAUCACUGAAUGAUACUCCAAGCCUAUAGUCAUGAUUUUGUUAUAUUAUUAACAAAACAUUUUGUUAUAUUAUUAAACAUUUUGUUUAUAUUAUUAAAAUAAUAGGUUUGAUUACAUUGCAGCAGAACAAUUAGAACUGAAUUUUUAAGUUCUAUAGAAUAUAGCCAACAUUGAAGUAUUAUUUUUCUUCUCAAAAUUCUGCCUCACUAGAUAAAAGAACACUUUUUUUUUUUUUCAUUUUUUUAGUAAAAUAAAUGUUGUAUUUAAAAGUAGAGACUUUCUGGGUGUGGUGGCACAUACCUGUAAUUGUAGUAGCUCAUGAGGCUGAGGUAGGAGGACCACAAGGUCAAAGCUAGUCUCAGCAAUUUAGUGAGGCCCUAAGCAACUUAGUGAGACCCUGU